AUAGUUUUAUUAUCACAAAAGGCUUCUUCUUCUCUCUCUAUCUCUCAUAGUUGCUAGCUCAUCAAAAUGGCAGGCACAUGGGCUGCAAUUGUGGGCAUGUUCCUUGUACUUUCCAUGGUCAUGAUGCCAAGCUGCUUAGCCACUGUCUACACUGUUGGAGACUCCUCUGGCUGGACUAGUGGUGUUGAUUAUAGCACUUGGACUAGUGGCAAGACCUUUGCAGUUGGUGAUAGCCUAGCGUUCAACUAUGGAAGUGGGCACACAGUGGAUGAAGUGAGUGGAAGUGACUACAAGACAUGCACAGUGGGCAAUUCAAUCACAAGUGAUAGCAGUGGAGCCACCACCAUCCCUCUCAAGGCUGCUGGGACUCGUUACUUCAUUUGUGCUGUGGUUGGGCAUUGUGGGAUGGGGAUGAAGCUUUCUGUGAAUGUAGUAGGGUCAGGAUCAACAGCAGCACCAUCUACCAAGGGUUCACCCUCACCGGCUACUUCCGGCAGUAACUCUACAGUUACCAGCCCUGCAGUUACCAGCCCUGCAGUUACCACACCCUCAUCAACAGGCGUAGACAACAGUCUAUCUACCUCUCCGGUUGUGGCUUUGUGGAGCAUUUGUGUUACUUGGGUUGCUAUUUGUGUGUUGGUUCUUUCAUAAGUUUGGCAGGCUGGUGAUUGCUCUAAAUAUUGCCAGGAUAGAGGCAGUGCUAUUUUCUCCCUGUUUUAUUAGCGGUGAUUUGAGUUUCUUAUGUUAUAAUUAUUUUUUCCAAUUUUAAAAAGACCAAAAAAAAAUUAGGGUUCAUAAUAUAUAUAUAUGUAGCCUGAUUGAUGUUAAUAAUAUGCACUUUGCGUUUGAAAUUA